GGUUCAGGCAGACACAUCCUUAUCUGGCCGGAGGAUCUCCGACCGCACCGCAAACCGGGACCCGUGUGCGUGGAUGUGGUCCUCCGGCUGCUGUUGAAGCUCUUGAAAUGAAUGAACGGUCCUUUCCACGGACUCGGACACCGACGGACCAUUCAGAGGACUGUCCCGGGACGCGUGUUACCGCUGCGUGUCCGUGUACAGAGCAGCGGAUUAUUCUCAUGAUGGAACGGCGGGGCUCCGUGCGGCGCGUGUGUCCGUGACAACCGAGGGAUGGUGCAGAGGCGCGUGCAGUGGGGAGUUGAAAAGCGAGGCAUGUUGACAGUGGGAGGACAAUAUAUAGAUAAAUACUGCUACAACUCAUUCGGGAGGCGUUGACAUGACAUUGCUGUGCGUCUUUUGGGGAGUGCGCCAUAUUCCCGAUGCACCUGCACGAGCAAGUGAUCAGAGCCCAGACUGAUGGAUGUGUGUUCAUGACACGCAGAAUAUCUACUAAUCCUAUUUACCUUUUUGCAAAGUAUUACAUCUCCAACUAAUUCUGUACAAGCGAGGCGUUUACUUCCUGUCGUCUACCUCAUCUCAUUUAUUUUUAAGCCACUGAAUCUAAUGCCAUUGGAGGGACUGAUGUACCUGAGAACCUUUAUUCACCCAGAAGAAAAAGGAACUGAAUGAUUUCUACAAGGGUUUUUCACCUCUGAUGCAGCCUGCUCUUUGAUCGGUACAUUUGAUUGGUUUCCUCAUAAUCAUACAAGUGUCCCCACCUUGGAGGAAAUAACAGAGGCCUUACUGGCAUAUAACUAAUAAUAACCCUGUGGAAUGCUUGAUCUCAAGAUGAAGGAAACGUGUCGCAUCUGUGGACGGGAGCUCUGCGGUAACCAGAGGCGGUGGAUCUUCCAUCCCACUGCCAAGCUCAACUUGCAGGUUCUACUGUCUCACGCCUUGGGGCAAGAACUGACCCGGGAUGGUAGAGGAGAGUUUGCCUGCUCAAAAUGCACCUUCAUGCUGGAUCGCAUGUACCGCUUUGACACUGUCAUUGCCCGUGUGGAGGCUCUGUCCAUUGAGAGGUUGCAGCGGCUCCUGCAAGAGAAACACCGGCUGAGGCAGUGCAUUGGUGGACUCUACCGAAAAACUAAUUUGGAAGAGAGAGCAGUAACAACAACUGGAGAUAAUCAGGGACUAGGAGAUGGGAUGGUGGACAUUUCAGGUCUCACCCAUGCUAAGUACUGUGCCCUUCUCCAGGAGGACCUGGUCUAUUCUUUGUACGAGUCCUGGGCUGAAGAUGGUCUGGACUGUCCUCAUCACCACCCCCCACAAUGUCAGACUAGUCCAGGGUCAGAGGUUACAGCUGCAAGUUCACACCGCUGUGUUCCCAGUACUCCCAGGAGGUGUCGGGGAUGUUCUUACUGGCGGGUGGCGGAUUCUGACUAUGAAGCGGUCUGUAAGGUGCCUAGAAAACUAGCAAGGAGUAUUUCAUGUGGACCAUCAACUAGAUAUUCAGCCAGUGUUAUUGGAGGAAGUGUGACAGGAGGAGGAGGUGGGGAAGAAGAAAGAAAAAACAUGGAAGAAGCAGAGGAACCCCCAUCCUCUCUAACCCUGGUCCCUGGCUCUCAAGACCCCUCCAGGACCUCAGACAGUGAUCGGACUCUGGCUGGAGGAGUCAGUUCCAGUCCCUCUGUAGCUUCAUUAGAGACAGCUGAAGAAUACACUCAGCCUGGGGCCAUAACAGAUGGGUCUCUGCGCUCCCAAAGGGAUCCCAUAGAUGACCAGAUAUCUGACUCUCUCUCUGAGGAACACAUGGAGGCCACACAUGGCCAGGGCUCACCUGGACCCAGCUUCUCUCUGGCUCUUUGUAUGCUGCAGAGCUAUGCAGUCCACCGACCAGUCCAGACCUCCAAGGGAAGCAAACUACCGGUCCUGACCAAACGCAGCCCCAGUGAUAAAGGCACAAGACUGACUUUCCCUGAUCCGGUGGUGGGAAUGUAUUACGGAAGCCCACUUGGAGAAAAUGACAACCACAUUACAAUACCAGACCCCCCUUUAAUCAGGCUGCAUAUUGGGGUCGAUCAGGGCCUAAAUCUGGCUGAUAUGGAGGAAUCCUUGGAAGAUUUGUACAAAGAGUAUCCUCCCCCUCCUCCCCACCAGAACCUGGUCGAGGAGCAGCAGAGUCAACUAAACCAGUAUGAGUGUGCAGCUGGGCAAUGUGUCAGUGAGCUCCAGAAGGCCCAGCUCCAGGUCCAGUCCCUUCAGGCCAAGAUCCACGAGAGUGAGGCCAACAACAUGAAGUUGCAGGAGAAGCUGAAUGAGAUGGAGUGUGAGCUACGUUCACUUCGUCAGGCAACUCAGAGCCAGGAAAGAACCAUUCAGGGCCUCAAUGAGUCCAUCAGCACCAAAGACAGUGAGGCUCAGGAGCUGUACCAGCUGAUUGAAGGGCAGAACAGCACACUGUGCAAGCUGCGAGAGAUGGUACAACGAAACCAGCUGGCUCAAUGCAAGACUCCAGAUGGGGCAAGCGAAUCCCUGACAAUUGCUCAACUGCAGAGUGAGCUGGUGGGAGUUCAGAGCUCCCUGUUCUCUCUAGGUUUAGAGCUGGAGGCCAGUCAGAGGAGCCUGCGUCAGAGCCAGAGGCAAGGAGAGGACCUGGUCAGAUUCAAGGACAGGCUGAAUGCUGAUCUACAGGAGGCACUGCAGCACAGGGAGGUCACUGAAAAACAUAACCAGAACCUGCGCUGUGCCCUCCAGAAAACCUGCACUGAGCUUCAGGCCAAAGAAGCAGCACUGAAGGAGAACGAGGCAGAGAAACACAGUGUGGUUCAGGAGAAAGACAGGAGCAUUGCACAGCUGAAACACUCUUUGCAGGACAAGGAGAGACAGUUGCAGGAGUAUUCAGAGAUGUUGGAGUCAUCAGAAAGUUCCAAACCGAGAGAUGCUCUGCUAGAGAAACUAAGAGAGCGAAUUAAAGACAGAGACAAAGCUCUGGAGCGCUCCAUCGACGACAAGUUUCAUUGUCUGGAAGAGCAUGAGGGCCAGGUGAGGAGGCUGCAGCUGGCUCUGAGGGAGAAGGAACGAGACCUGGAGAGACUCCGCUGUAUCCUGUCCAACAAUGAGGAGACCAUCACAAGUCUGGAUGCUUUGGUGCGAAGUAAAGAGUUGGAGCUGGAGCAGGCAGCCGAGGCCUACAGGAACAUCCAGUGGCUGAAACAGCAGAGUGAGGAGAAGGAGAGAAACACUCUGAGAGAGAAGGAUGCCAUCAUCAGCCAGCUGCAGGCAGCUCUGCAGGCCCACAGCCAGGAGACACAGGAUUUGACCGCUGCCCUUGUUUCUCGGGUUCAAACCGGACCUAGUGAAGUUGUGGAGGAGUUGAAAGCUCGGCUGGCUCUCAAAGAGAAGCUCUUCCAGGAGCUGUUAUCAGACCGCAGCCGCCAAUCGAAUGAACACCAAGCACAGGUUCAAGACCUGCUCAGCACUCUGAGCUCCAAAGACCAGUAUCUGCAGGAUUAUGCCUACAGGCUGUCCCAGGUGAUUUCUGAGCGAACAGGCCAGCUGCAGGAGCUCCGCAAACAGCUGUCAUUAAGGGAGCAGGAGCUGUGCAGGCUGAGGCAGGACAGUGAGAAGGAAAUGGGAGGAGAGACGGAACAUCUGCGGAGUCUGCUCAAGGAGAAGGAAGCUUUCAUCAAGGAGCUGAUGCAGGGCCAAGAGGAGGCAAUGUCACCAUCAUCUAAAGAGAGCGAGGCAGAACUUAAGGCUCUCCAGGAGGAGCUGCAGCUGAUGGUGAAGAAGGAACGGGAGGCUCAGAAGGAACUCUCUGCUCAGCGUCUGUCUUUGGUUCACCAGCAGGCAAAGGGAGACCAGGAUUACCAAUGUGUAAUAGAGCAACUUGUGUCAGAAUACAACAAGCUAAAUGAUGCCCUGAGGGCCGAGAAGAGAUUAUAUCAGAAUCUGACCCACAUUCACACCAAGAGUGACAGCAGCUCAGAGAAAGUCCAGGCCAUGCACACUGAACUAGACUCGGUUCAGGCGCUCCGUGGGCAGCUGGAGGAGGUCCUGGCAAGGACCCGUAACAUGGCCUUGGUGUUGGAAAGGGCAGCUAACAGGCAGCCUGACUUUGGAGAGCUCAGCACAGAGGAGGAGGAGGAAGAGGGAGAUGAUGAAGAUGGCAGCAGUGAUGAGUUCACUGACAGCAUUGAGGAGGACGAUGAUAAAGUGACAGCCAGACAUUUGGCCUCCGUCCAGACUUCUGAAAGAGCCUGUAAGACAAAGGGUGUGUCUGGAGGGGUUGUGAGGGGUGCGCUGGCCAAAAAGGCUGAAGUAGAUCAGGACAUACGGCAGCUUGAGGAAGCAAAGACGACACUUGAAGUCCAGCUUGAGGAAAUACGAUCACAACUGGAGAGCGAUGGAUACAGCUCCAUGGCUCAUAUGAGGACGGCACUGCAGAGGCUUCAACAAGAGAACCAGGCUCUGAAAGACAACCAGAGACAAACCAGAGUCCUGGGACUGAGGACAGACAGGAAUCAGAGGAGACAGGAGGAAGAAGAAGAGGAGGAGGAGGAGGAAGAGGAUAUUGAAGAGGAGGAGGAGGAAGAAGAGGAUAUUGAGGAUAUUGAGGAGGAGGAGGAGGAUGAAGAGCAGGAAACAUCGAAUGUGCCUGUGGGCAAACGUGGUCUUCCAUGUGUUAGUCUGAGUGUUGAACAUGGGAAGAGACACUGCAUGCGGCCCCACUCUCUGGACCUGGGCACGCUCACAUCCCAUCAUCCCACGAGGGCGGAGCCUGUUAACAGCAGUGCGGUUGGAGUGCAUUGGGGAGACAUAGAGGAGGGUCUGAGAGAGCAGACGGCUCGCCUGCGCUCUGAUCUGGCUCUGAGCCACCAGGAGAACAGAGAGCUGCAGGAGAGGCUGAUGGUGUCUGAAGCUACAGUUCAGGCUCAGGCCGAACAGCUGAAAGACUACAGAGAUCUGCUUACUGAAACGUCAGUCCAGCAGGCCAGUAAACAGGUACAGGUGGAUCUCCAGGACCUGGGUUAUGAGACAUGUGGUCGCAGUGAGAACGAAGCUGAGAGAGAAGACGCUAGUAGCCCAGAGUUUGAUGACCUGGAGAUGUGCACGUCACUGUCCCAUCAUCAGGACUAUGAGGGUGUAAGCAGUGGCUGGUACGCUGGCAACUGCAGCAGUAAUAGAGGAGCCUAUGAAAUAGGGGAUGAAUCUGCCUCUCUACACCAUCUGGUCCAGGAUCUCCGCUCUCAGUUAACACGCUGCCAUAAGGUGAUCCGUGGGCUGCAGAUGCGAGUCCGCUCACUCUCUGCCACCAGCGACUACGCUUCCAGCCUGGAGCGCACCCCACGCAAGGUCAACUGGGCUUUCGAGACGUCACCAGCCCCGAGCGGUGUUGAAGAGGAUGAAGGCUGGAUGUCUGAUACGCAGGGGAUUCGCUCAGGGUCCAAACCCAACAGAGAGCUGCAAGAACUGAUGGAGCGCGUUGCAUCGCUGGAGGCUCAACUGAAGACCUCCAGGAAGGAAGGCAAAGGCCAAGUGGAGGAGGGGAAGUGUGCCACCUGGCCAGGGAAGUACAAUUCUCUGAUUCAGGCACAAGCACGUGAGCUGUCGCACCUGAGGCAGAGGAUCAGAGAGGGGCAAGGAGUCUGCCAUAUCCUCACCCAACAUCUGGGUGACACCACAAAGGCCUUCGAGGAGCUGCUGCGGGCCAAUGAUAUUGAUUACUACAUGGGUCAGAGCUUUAGAGAACAGCUGGCUCAAAGCACUGCUCUGGCACAAAGAGUGAUCACCAAGAUCAGUGGGCGAGACCGCACAGAAAGCCAUGAUGACAAGAUGGGCCAUGAGUUGCUUGCCUUAAGGUUGAGUAAGGAGCUUCAACAGAAGGAUAAAAUCAUCGAGUCACUCCACACUAAGCUGCAGCAGCGUCCAGAAACCCCCUCCAGCUGUCAUGCGCUCUCUGAGACGACUGACCAGUCAGACAGAACUUCUCUGGUGUCUGAUGAGUAUCGAACCAACGAAGACGUGGAACUGUGCUCUGACUUAGACACCAGAGAAUACCAGGAGGAGCACCGGCUGCGGCAGCCAGGACAUGGAUCAGAACAAGAUGUCCAUCCAUCUAUCCCUCCUCAUCGCCUCCUCAAGUCCUCCAGCAGCUGUCCCAACAUGCUUUGCUCAGCCCCUGUGGGUUUCUUUGGAGCUCUUGUCAGUGAGCGUGUUCCCUCCUCCCCCUCUGCCCCCUCUGGCCCUGACGUCUGGGGUAUGGAGGUCUCUUCUGACCCCCGGCCCAGGGCCCUGUCUGUCAUCGCUGUUCGGCCUGAGUUGGACUUGCUGUACAAACAGAUGAAUGAACAGAGCAGGGGCUUUGCAGUCCCCCCUGACAAGGCUUUGUUCAGCCUCUCACCUGGUGCCCUCAACCAGCACGACCUCUCCAACUACAGCCAGCUAUCCCAUCAUGCCUUUCAACAGUACCAGCUGGGUGGCAUUCCUGAAGGCCACUCACUGAAGUCUGACUCAGGUCUAGUGACAGGAGGAACUCUGUGGGAGAUGGAGAACAUGGUCCAUCCUGUCGGAGGUUUUUCUGGGUCAUCUGGGCACCAGGCAGGCCACAGCCAAGCAGGGGUAAACUUAAUUGAGGAGCACCUGCGGGAGGUGAGAUGUCUCCGUCAGCGCCUUGAAGAGUCUAUUAGGACAAAUGAGAGACUCCGGCAGCAGCUGGAGGAAAGACUGGCCAACACAGGGCGUGACGGAGGAGCACCAACUAACAUCUACAUUCAGGGGCUGGACACAGUCACUCAGCUGUCCAAUGAGAUCCGAGUCCUGAAGGAGGAGAACCUUGGUCUACAGUCCCGUUUGCAGGCUAGCACAGACACUUGUGAGGAGGUGGUGCAGUUGCGGGAGGCAGUUUUCACAGCUCGUGCCCGUCUGAAACAAGCAGAACUGGAGGCAGAGCAGUGGAAAGAAGAGCUACGACGCCUUCAGGCUCACAGUCAGGAGCAGGGUCAACAGAUUCACACCUUAAGGCAGGAACGACAGUCAAGUCAGGAGAAAACCAACAGACUCCAGCAUGAAGUGUCUCUACUGCAGCAGCAGCUAUGUGAGAGCAGGGAGCUCAUCCACUCCCUGCAGAGUGAACUGCAGAUUUAUGAUCGAGUGUGUUCCAAGACAAGGGCUAGCAAAGGAUACCUGUGUGAGCUCCCAGUGCUACCAGUGGAGUUGGGGGAGCUGCUGGGGGAGGUGAGGAGUCUGCGGGCUCAGCUGCAGACCAGUGUUCAGGAGAACAGCGCCCUUAAACAACUGGAGCUUCACAAACAGCUGGAGCAGAAGCUGGGAUCUCCUCGCACUCCCUCUCUGUCUGCCCUCACUGCCAGCCCGCAGAGAGACAGCUUCUACAGACGACAGCUGCUGCACGACCCAGCUCCGUCUCCACCAGUCAGGGACAUUGGUCUGUUUAACUGUGGAUCUCCCGGUCCUCCGUACUCAGAUCUGGACGACAGCCAUAGCACUGCCAAUGACCCACUUGACCCUCACUCUGAGCUGGAAGGAGAGGCCCCUGAUGGAUCGUUUGCAAACCGCAAUGGCCGUCACGCCAUUGGUCAUGUUGAUGACUUCAGCGCUUUGCAACAGCAAAUCCUUGAAGGUCGGAGUCUCGUCCAGCGCAUGGAGGCCACCCUGCAGGCAUGCCUUGGCCCUCCACUGAUGGAGGAGCACCAGAAACAGAGCAGUGAACUGGUUCUGGACUAUGGAUGUGUGAAGAAUCUUUUGUCCAACACAAAGACUCUGAGACAGAUCUUGGAGGAAGCCAUGUCUCUGCUGAAGAUGUUCUGGAGGGCAGCUUUGCCCAGCACAGAUCCCUCCAUCCAGAACCUUAAGAAGGAGCAGUGUAUGCAGGAGGAGAUCCUGUCACUGAAACUGCGUAUGUCAGAGCAGGACGAGGUUCUUAAAGGGACAAUUCAAAGACUGAGGAGCACCAACCGCACCAAGGAGAGCAUGGAGCACUUCAUAGUCAGUCAGCUGUCAAGGACUCGAGAUGUGCUGAAGAAAGCAAGAACAAAUUUAGAGAAGAAUGAGCUGAGACUCUCCUCUCUCAGCUCCUCCUCUUCCUCUCCUUAUACUGCUGAGGACCCAGGAGGGGCUGCCAGAGAGUGGUCUACUGAUGGCAGUGUCGUGAAGACCAGCAGUGCAUCCGGAGUCGCCGGGCCUGCAGCCAAUCAGCGCAUCGCAACGAGGAAGCGCACCAGCCAAUGCCUGCUUUAGACUUUUAAGAACCAGCCUCAACGCUACCACCUCUGACCUCUAUGCUGAAACAGCCAAGACCCCUCCCCCUCCCCUUUUUUCCUCCCUUUUAAGCCCUCCACACCAGCCUGCCAUCUCCCAUCCGAUCUCCUUUACCUUUACCUUUGCCUUUACCUGCGUCCUGCCAUGAGAGUGCUUCCAUCUCCCCCUCCUUUCAGGCAAUAUGUGCACAGUAUAAUCUGCACCUUGAGCCUUACCACACUCCCCUCACCCCCUCCCCAGUUUUAGACACUCUCACAUCAACCACAUUGUCUUUGAGUGAUACAGGCAGUAGUUUGCCUUAUCAUGUGUGUGACAGAAGAAAGUGCUUGAAAUGUGCCUGUGAUGGUUUCAGUGAUGUGCGUCCUACUGAAGGAGCUGGUUGAAGUUGCUCUGAGACACUAAUUUCAGAUCAGAUGUAUCUUCUUAAACAUAAUCUGGAUUUUAACAGGUAUAAUACAGAAUAACAUACACAGGAUACAAGCAAACAAACAAUUAAGAACAAAAAUAUUAGCAAAAGAUAAGGAAUUGACUUAUUGUACUAUACAACAGAACAGUACAUUUACAGUUAAAUUGUUCAUUUAAUUGUCAGAAUGUGAAACUUUAAUUUAUUUAAAUGUAUCUCAGUUCGAACAACACAUACCAAAAAAUGUAAAAUACACCAUCUGAUUGUUCUCUAAGAGCACCCAGGGCCAGACAGCCUGUGGACGGAGUAGAUGUUCGUGCAUGUAAGAAUAGAGGCUUGUGAGAGGAAUUCUGCUCACAAACAUACACAUACAGUAUGUGUGAUGUGAACGCAGCUCACUCAAAGACAACAAAUCCACAACACUGACUGCCACAGAAAUGCAAGUUUACUUCUCGUGGCACUUAUAUCAACAAGGACACCUUUUUUGCAAAUGCAAUGCAAAGAACAAUGACACCCAUAAUGUAUCACUAGACACAGUGGAGGAAUGUAGGUAGGUGAACACUGCAAAGUAGGUGUGUACUUGCUGUACUCGUGUACUGUAUGUAUUUCUGGGGGAAGUUUAUUAAAGGUAUGUGAGCCAUCAGGAAAGGGUUAUGAAUAGCUGAACAAAAAGCCAGAGAAAGGUUCCAUUUUAGUUGCAGACCUCUUCUUUUAGGUCCUCAAGGUGCCUUUUGGCAUCUGCUUACUGAAUGUGAAGCUCUACAUAUGUCAAAAACAACUGUGGUUGGUCAAAUGAAAGCUCAACCUCUUUAAUAAAUCUGGUCAGUUAUGUUUUUUAACAGCGUGUAAGCUCAGACAUGUCAAAAAGAGGGUAUAGUGCUCAAAUGGAACCAGGCUAAACACGCGUAUUCAAGCUCCUCUGUAGGAGUUCUCAUACGAGCAUGUGCAAUAAUGAUGUUGUUUCUUGAAUGAUCAUGCUGCACCGGUUUCUUCUUCUUAUUAUUUUUUUGCCUUUGCCUGACACUGGAUUAUUAGUCACUGUCAUAACAUUAGGGAUUCAUCAGUGUUAAGAUUGUACUUUUUUAUCAAGUGUUGAUGCAUGACAGAGAUUGUAAAAGGUCAAAUCAAAGUUAUGGAACAGGGGACUACCAAUAGUUGCCAAAGUUUGAGCUUUGAACUCACUUUGACUUGCCUUAUCCAUGUGAAUGAGCGAACCCAUGGGCGACCACAGGGAUAUCGAGGUGUCUUUAUUUUCAGAAGGCCUCUAGAACCACAGAGACGGUAACCGUUAGACAGAUGACUCAGUUUAUUUCAAUUGUGAGUUGGAUUUGAUCUCCUUUUUUGGACCAAAACUCAACAAAGUGAAUUUUUCCCACGUGGCUAUGUGCUAAUGUCUUUAUGUUCUUUCUCUUGGUUCAGGCUUAGCGUUCCCAUGGCAAUGGCAACAUAGAUAGUUCUCAUAGGUGACACAAACUUUGGCAGCCUACUGGUGGGAUCAUUGUUCUGUAAUUCACUUAUAGCAGUUUAGCUUCACAUUUGGUUUCAUGUGUUUUUUUGAAGUUUUUUUUUUUUUUUUGCUGUACAUUUGCCUUUUUUUUGCUGUAAAUAACUGCUUUUUCUUUAUUUUUAUUUCUGUGAGUGUGCAUUUGUAUGUACUCAUUUGUGUGUGUCUGUGUGUGAGAUUAAACACAUCCAACAUUUGCUUUUCGCAAAGUUGAAUAACUGGGUAGCUGUGCAAUAGCUUUAUAUAUUUUAUUUUGAUGUUAAACAUCAUUGUAUUACGAUUGUGUUUGCAACAUUCUUAUGAUUUAUAUGCAGUGUAUGCUAGAGAAUUGCCACUUUGGAUUAGUCACAGGCUAUGUCUGUUAAGCAGUUACAAACUAUGCCUUCAUGAUAUUUGCAUCACUAAACACAAUAUUAUCCACCCAUAACAAAGCUCUGAUUAAUGUUGCUUCGCUUGCCUUUAAAUUUAGCUUGAGAGCUUCUUCACUCUGCUCUCAGUGGUGAAAUGGCCUUGAACUAGCGCUAGUCUACCUGAGAUUUGCUAAAUUAGGUUUUGUUUGCGCUCACGUCCACAGAACAGGACAAAAGUUGCCAAGUAUUUUACAGAUGCAUCGUUGGAUGUUUUGUUUGGAAAUCCGAAAUGUUAUAGAGAAAAGUUUUGAAUAAUUGUCUGAAGCCAGUGACCGGAGAGUUUGUGAAAUGAAUGAUUCUUACAGCACCUUGUUAGAGCGUAAACAAAGCCUUUUUACUGUUUAAUAAAAAGGGAAUCAAACAGUGGUUUAGAACAAUGUAUUGUUGGUCUUGAGUUGCGUAUGUAUAUAGUGCUACUUGACUGAUGCAGCUUUUGUGGUUGGAAAGCAGCUUUGUUUAUGAGUUUGUGCAUAAUGAACUAGGAAGCCGAUGCAGGACCCAUAUAGAUCCUGUCUCUGAUGACAGUUAAGUGUGUUGUGUAGGUAAAAGUAUUAACACUGAAAGAUUUUGGGAGAGAACAAAUAAAACAUUUAAAAAGUUU